UUUUCAGUGACAAUGACAAAUAUUGGAGAAAAAGUUGUGUGCCUGGUUGCUUACCACAUAUUUUUCAUGCUGUUCGUCUGGUCAUAUUGGAAAACAAUCUUUACGCUACCAAUGAAUCCUUCAAAAGAAUUUCAUCUAUCAUACUCAGACAAGGAAUCCCUAGAGAGAGAGCCUAGAGGUGAAUCCCAGCAAGAAGUCUUAAGACGGGCAGCCAAGGAUCUUCCUAUCUAUACACGGACAAUGUCUGGAGCAAUCAGAUACUGUGACAGAUGCCAUCUUGUAAAACCAGAUCGUUGCCAUCACUGUUCUGUAUGCGACAAAUGCAUUUUGAAAAUGGAUCAUCACUGCCCUUGGGUGAACAACUGUGUAGGAUUCUCCAAUUACAAAUUUUUUCUUCUCUUCUUGGCUUACUCUCUACUGUAUUGCCUUUUCAUUGCUGCAACGGAUUUACAGUAUUUUAUCAAGUUUUGGACAAACGGCCUUCCUGACACUCAAGCGAAGUUCCACAUCAUGUUUUUAUUCUUUGCUGCUGCUAUGUUUUCUGUCAGUCUGUCUUCUCUCUUUGGGUAUCAUUGUUGGCUUGUCAGCAAGAACAAGUCUACAUUAGAGGUAUUCAGAGCUCCCAUAUUCCGUCACAGAACAGACAAGAAUGGCUUUAGCUUGGGCUUCAGCAAAAACCUAAGGCAGGUGUUUGGUGAUGAGAAGAAGUACUGGUUGCUGCCUGUGUUUUCAAGUCUAGGGGAUGGUUGCUCCUUCCCAACUUGCCUUGUUAAUCAGGAUCCUGAACAAGCUUCCACUCCUGGUGGUCUUAAUUCAACAUCCAAAAAUGAGAACCACCUGUUUCCUGCAAAGCCGUUGCGCGAUUCCCAGAGCCACCUUCUUACGGAUACACUGUCUUGGUCAGAAACUAGUGGAAAGACUGAAAAGGGCAAAGUGGGUAUGAGCAAUCCUGCAUUAACCAUGGAAAAUGAAACCUAGUUUCCCUUAAAAGAAACAUCUGAAUAUAUAAGGAAAGUUCAAGAAAAAGCUGUCGUUGGAAGGAAGAUGCAUUCUUCCAAAUAUCAGCCCUGUUGGCCAGCUGCUCCUGUCUGCUCCUCUGUGGAUGUGCUCAGAAAACAAACUGACAGAUGAUUAGCUGUCUCCAUGUCACUGCUUGAAACACGAAACUAAACAUACUACUUCUGAACCAUAUAAAGAAUGUUUCAACUUAAAAUUACGGGGUUUGAAUGGUGAAGGAUGAUUCUGAGUAUUAGGAAAUGAAAAAAAAAAAAAAGGAGUCAAUUCAAUGGCUGGUUUUAUUUCUAUAUUCAGCACAAGAAGAAUGUCACCUCCUUACCUAUCAGUCAGUGUUCUUGCCUUGGUUUUGAAAAUUCACCUGUUAAUUCAAAUUGCUCUAAGUAGUUGAUUUUAAAAUCAAAUUUUUGCGCUACUGGCUUUGCGAAUUGGGAGAACAGCCAGUGUUGAGUACAAGUAACGUAGUGGCUUGGUGGACUGUAUUUUCUUUUGAGCGCUUGAUGAGCCAUUUGGGAAGAUAAGGAAACCCAAGUGAAGUGUCUGGCUAUUUUUGGAACAUUUUUUGAAAACAUUACGGCAAAGGCAUUGUUUUCCCUCAGACAUGCACUACCAAUAGUUUAAAAAGUCGUGGAGGGGGGUAAAAAACUCCUUUGUUAAUGGAAUGCUACGGUGGGUCACUGGUAAGUGGAGGGAUAAAAGGCCUGCAUUCAGAUGGAUGAUACAUAAAUGAAGCUGGCCAGCCAGGGAUUUUGAUGGGACCUGCACAGGACAGUGCUAUGAAAUGGGGAUUUUAUUGUUCUAUUUGGAGCCAUUAUCCCCUCUGGGAAAUGAAUGCCAGCACUUAACUUUGAUCCAAAAGGCUUUCCACCAACCUGUGUUCCUGAGGGCCACAGUCUUUCAAAAUCCUAGUUUCUUAUUAAUCAAGAGUUGUCUCCUAUUUCUUUUUUCACUUGUUCUUUAAGACACUGCCUUUAUUACUGCAUAACUUAAUGAAUAUAAUGUACAAUCAAGGAGACUUACUGUUAUAACUUCUGAUAUUUGCAUUUACAGGACAACAGACGUUUGCAAUACCAAAAAGCCAAGCUGCUGCACGUAGGAAACCCCCCUCAGUUAAGUUAGGAGUCAGCAGCUUCCUUAGGAUCAGAGUUUACCGGCCAGAUAAUAAAAGAUGCAUUAUCAACUUUCAAAGUCAAGGAAGUCUCAGCAACACAAAUCUAAUUGUCUUGUGCCUUUUGUAUACACCACAUUUAUGGUAUCAGUGUUUACAUUUAAAUGCAAAUUGUUAUUCUGAAAACAACUUUAGGAGGAACUUAGUUAUGCUUUCUAGGUGGCUAAAUAAAGAGAGUAGUCCAAAAAAAAAAAAAAGUGAAAACCUCUCAGAAUAAGCUGAGUUCAGUUGAAGCAGAAAAGUACUUCUGUUAUCAAACCUGAGUCACUUAGCAGGUUGGUUCACAAUGCAAAGAUGCCAGUUAUUUAUUUAGAAAACUGGCAGCAGGACUAAGCGACAGACUUCUGAAAGCAAAAAUCUUAUAAUUAAUUCUUCUACAGGCAGGUAACUUUAAAAUUUGUCUUCAGUUUAGAACUUAAGUGUAGCUGUUGGAGCACAAAUGUGGCUUUUUUUCUAGUGAGGGAAAAUGUAUUUACUUUACUUUUUUUCUUUUCAUCCUCAAAAUUUUACCAGCCUGAAAACAUGUUUCUUGCCAGAAGUGCCGGAGUAUGGAUCCCUUGAUGUAGAAAACCUUUUUUAAACUAGCAUGAAGGUAGCAUACAGUUUACAUGAUGCCUGCAAACAUCUAGCAACCAAAAGUUUUUUGCAGCUAUUUAUUCAGUGUUGUUCUGUCAGCUUACCUUGUGUUGGUGUUUGUUUAAAGGCUAACUUGUCAAGGGAGAAGGGGGAGAGGGAAAAUAUAUUUUUUAACACUUCAGGUUCUCUAUCUGUAUAGCCUUGGGUUUUUUUACACAGUUCGUCACAGGGUGGUUUGUCAUGGAGCAUGCAUUUGAAAAUACUGAGUAAAAAGUUGAAAUUCAGCUUCAGUGUAAGUUGCUCCAUAUGUUUACGUACAAAGUACAGGUUUCUUCCCUAGCAAAACUUGUAAUGGAAGUGGAGCUCUUUCUCACAGACGUCGGCCUCCCUGACGCUGUCCAGGGCUCUGAGAGCUCUCAGUAAGGCUGGCGGUCAAUGUAGAGAAACGGCAGGGAUAAGGGAUCAGGAAAUGCCUGGCUUCUCCAUGUCUCAGGAGUCACACUUUGGAAACCACAAUAGCCCUAGAUAAUCUGCAGCUUUGAUGGGGCCAGAGGCUGUCCCUCUAGCAGAAAACUGAUGGAGGUGUGGGAAAUGCAUGCUGAUGAAGGGAGGAGAUGGGGAACAAGACAUGCGGGUAGCUCAGAGGUAAAAAUGGUUAGCAGAUCUGAGCCAGAGGGCUCCAGCUACACCUGCUCCCAGGAUGGAUAAUGAGCUCUGCCUCUGUGAAGAGCACCGUCAGCAAGCUUUUGAGGGCUCCUGGCCAUCCCCCCUGUAUAGAGUAUGGACAAAAGUGAGCUAAUCAUGCUCCAAAGUAGUAUUUCUGAUAUGACUAUAUUCUUGGCUUUAAGCUCUCUAAUGCUUUAUAUAGCGAAGUGAAAAAUGGUCUUUUUGACAUACUAUCAUUGAGCAUUGAUGCUGUUACAGUGUACACGGGAGAACUUGUGAAGAGGUGAGGGGAGCAAGGAUGCGAUGGUGUUUGUCCGCUCACACUGAUUCUCCUGUUCUUUAUAUUCUUGCUAGGCACUUUACUACAGCCUUUUGUGUAAUUUCUGUAUUUUUUUUUAAAGACUGCUUUUUACCUACUGUACAGUUACUAAUCUACUUUUUUUGCUAAAAAGAAAAUAAUAGCCCUAAUAUUUGUCUAGCAGUAUGACUGCAUUUCAAGCUUCACUGGAAGCUGGAUGAGUUCUAGACUCCUCAGAUGGGCCUGAGUCCCUAAUGGCAACAGAGUUAAAUUUAUUUUGUAUAUAUGUAAACAAUCAUAUGAACCAUAGCCCCCCCCAUGCCUAAGAAGCUUCCUUAAUUUGUAGGUUAGAACAAAUUCAGUCCAUGUCUGCACCAGAAGUGGUCCACACCUAUUCUCUGUCAGUUGAUGUGCUGGUGAUGGAGCGCUCAAUGUCUUCACUGAGAACUAUUUUUGUUGUGAAAACUAAGAGGUAGAUGGUGGUGAGCUCCUCUCACUGAGCAAUUAGGCACAGCUGCUGCUAUGCACUUUGAUUCUUUAACUUGAGAGAAAAAUACCAACUGUCCAGUUUAAGAAGUUGCAGAUUGAAAGCUCUUUAGUAGCCUACAGCUGUGGGCAGGUAAUUAAUGAAACACUGGUAAUUACAUUUAACUGUUUGUGUACUUAAAAUCAGGGUCUUCAAGCAAGACUUCAGAAAGGUUGCAGGAAGCAAGUAGGGUUUAGUGCGUGGUUAUGCUGUAGCUGUUUGGCAUCACUUGGACUGAGAGUUUGUGCCCCGAUUCCAGUGACAGGUGUGCUGGAGGAAUAUAUUUCUACAUAAAUUUAGUGUAUAACUUUGCCACUUGUUAAUGUAUUGCUCACAUAAAUAAAUGCUUCAUGUUCAGCAAGGCGCAUACGCAGUAGUCAUUGACACACAACCUUCUGUUUUACUGACAGCGGGCCUGAACAUCCCUUCUCAUCCAAAACAAGAAGAUUAAAAAAAGAAGGUGCUGCUAUGCUGUAUGGGUGGUGGGGUGGCCUUGUUGCCACUUCACUUGCAGCUAUCACUUGUUCAUCAGUGACCUGGGAAGAGGACAGGAAAAGCAGGAGCCUUCUGGGGUGAAAUUCUGAGCAAGCGGCAUCUGACGUAAUCCAAGGAAAGCCUACUUUCCUUCAGCAGUUCUUCAAUUUUUCCCUUUUUUAAAUUUUUGAUCAUCAUUCUUCUCUGUCCUCCCUUCCCACACAAGUCCAGAUUGAAAAGUCUUCCCUUUGAAACGUACUAUUGAGAUCUACAUCCUCUUCAUCCCUCUCCCUGCUAAGGUUUAUUCUAGAUAGAUAAUGCCUUCAUUUCUCCCAAGUUUUCCUAGAGGUGCCCAUCACUGAAAUGCAGGAACUUAGGUCAUCCUGAAAUCUGUGUAGCUUCCAGUAUUUGGGGCACUGCUGACAUGCUUCAGCCUACAUCACCGAAAUCUUCUCAAGCAGAUGGGCCCAACCGUGUGACUGCAGCAGUUGGAAAAGCGUGCUGAGAGCCACGGCCCCUUUCCCACCUCCCGCAUGCUCACAGUUUAACUGAUUGGCAUAACUGGAACAGACCCAACACUUCCCAACAGUCACUGUUUUAUGAAGUCAUUUUCCUUUUUUUCCCUCUCCUGAAAACACAGUAAUUCUCAGUUCACCUAAGAAGGAACCCUGGUUAUGAAGACAAAACACAAUGUAUACAAACUGUGUGUUACAGCCGGAGCAAUGGGAACCUAUUUCCAGUUACUUCUUGUAUCAGAGAUUGAACUGGCCAGCAGUUCAAACAGCUAUAACACAGAAAAUCAGUAGGUUAGCGAUGAUACAUUGCACAGUAGCAAUUAACCUUCAUGUAAACGACCCCCAUAGGUAUCACAGACACACACCAGAGCAAGCAGAGGGACAAGAGUGAAGCAAAACAGAGAGCUUGCAAAGCUUAGCUAUUAUAUGAUAAAAGGCAAAUAAAAGAUACUGCCAACUGCAACCACGGCUCUGAUGUGCUACCCUAUAAAAGAUAAAGCAUGUUCUCUGUAAUGCAGCUCAAAAAGCUCAGCUGUUGCCAAUUUCUACCCGAUGCACAGAGAAGGGGAGGCUUC